AUGUUUCUCCCCUUCUCCUGGUUCCUGGGAACUCCUGAAUGGACGCCUUUUAAUUCAAACCCACUAAACAGUUUUUUUCAAGGUCUGGUGGGUGCAUGUGGAAUAUCAGUUCUGUGCAAUUUGCUGAGAGUUUACCACUUCAUUCAAACAUGCAGUGAUUCUGAAUCUGAAACUGAAAGCAAACCGAGGUCAUCCUCUACUGUCAGUCCUCUGAGAGGGAACUGGAAAAUAGUUGUCCAGUUCUGGUCCCUGGUGGUUCUCCUGUCCCUGGUGGGCUCGAGGGUUUCCUCUCUGAUAGUGCUGGAGUUUUCUCUCAGAGCUGUUUCAGCCUGGGCAUCAGCAGGACUGGAUGCCAGUGGCAGAGGCCCAGACCUGCUCCUCAUCCAGAGCCAGUUCUCCCUGGGUUGCAGCCUCAUCUGUACUCUGGUCUUCCUCCAUCAGGGGGCUCCACACAGCUCCCUCAGCUUGUUUCUGGCAGCUGCUCUCAGCUGGGCACUGGCAAGUGUCGGCCACAGUCUGUGGAGCCAUGUGGCCAGACUCUACCCGCUACAUAGCACAGAGCGUUACUGUGGGAAGUGCAUUAGCCUCCUGACCUCCGGACACGGCAUGCUGGCUUCACUACAAAGAGCGGUUGUCUUGGCCUUUGCUAUAGCAUCUGUGGCUGCCACCACUACGGUUUAUGACCAUUUCCUGUCCCAGAAGGAUGCUCUCAAGUUUUGGACUCCAUUGGCACUCUGCUACACUAUGCUGUUGGUCUAUAUGCAAGAGCAUCAGAAUCGGCAGACUGGAACAGAGGCCCUGUUGCACACUGCAGUGCUGCGACUGGGAGCCUUACUGGUGCUCAUGCUGACUGUGGGUGACUGGUCCGAUGUCCUCCAAGUUCUCAUCACUUUCUUGGGUGAAGCAGUCUGCCUGCUGCCCUCUCAGGACCUGCUGCAAGCUGAGCUUAUGGAGGAGGACACAAGCUUUAACAUACCCAGUCACAAAACAAGGGAACGCACAUGGAAAACAUCAUCAGAUGACAGCUGA